CUCGGAGCAUCCGGGCUUCCGUAGGCAGCAGGAGCGAAGGGACCUGCUCUCAGCAGCCGACUGAGCGCAUCCUUUCUCCGCUCCCUCAUCAUCCUCACCAAAACACGGCAGGAUGACGGACAAACACGAGGAUAGCGCUGUUUUCCUCGCCGGUUCGCGGUAGAUUGUCGUCGCUAGUUAGCCGCCCGGCUAGCGUGAUGCUACACGGCGCGAGUCUCCCUCUGUGAUUGGGAGCAGACGGAGCCCGUCUGUGGAGAGGCGAAGAUCGGAGUUUCCCCAGGAAGCGCGAGCCUCUGGCGUCCAAUCGCGUCUAUUUGUUAUGCUUUUGCAGUUUAUUUUUCAAUCGGAUGCUCGGGGACAUGUUUCCGCUGGAGGUGGUCCGGUGAAGCAGGCGCGCGGGGGGCAGCGGUCGUGUGACAACAUCUGGGUGCCGGAGACCACCGGAGCUUCGGACCAGGGCUUCUUGGGCUGAUCCGGGUUCAUGUGGUGGCCUGGAGCGGGUCGGUGCUGAACACCGUGGCGCCUCCAUCAUGUCGGGAGCCCGGGGAUGCGUGACGCAGCCCGGCUUCCGCUGCAGCUGACGUGGUUCGUGUGCGCGACCCCUGCAGAGGUCAGAGCUGAGCUGACCCGCGUGCUCACCGGACCCCGCCUCCAGCUGCAGUUACGCCCGGUCCAGGGAUGAGCGGCUCCGCGUAGCGCCACCACGCCGGCGUUGUCGUGGCGCUGUCCCCGGCCAUGACCCGGCUGAUGCUGGGCCGGACUCUGGAGCGCAUCUGCAAGGGCGUCCUGCUCCUCUGCCUGCUCCACUUCCUCAUCAUGAUGAUCCUGUACUUCGACGUGUACACGCAGCGCUUCGACCUCUUCAGCCGCUUCAACAACGGCCGCAACGGGUCCAGGAACAACGUCAGCGGCGGCCAUCAUUAUUACUACUUCAACCUGUCCCGGCCCAACGCCACGGCCGCCAGCUACCUGGUGGCGGGCGAGCAGCUGGUGCUGAGCCUGCAGCCGGAGACCAACCCGACGCCGCCCCCGAAGCCUCUGCCGCCGUGCCCGGAGAGCCCGUCCGGCCUGGUGGGACGUUUGUUGAUUGAGUUCAGCUCCCAGAUGACGAUGGAACGGGUGCAGAAAGAGAACCCCAACGUGACGGAGGGGGGGCGCUACUCCCCCCCCGACUGUCGGCCUAGAUGGAAGGUCGCCAUCAUCAUCCCGUUCCGCCACAGGGAGAACCACCUGAAGUACUGGCUCCACUACCUCCAUCCCAUCCUCCGACGGCAGCGGAUCGACUACGGCAUCUACAUCAUCAACCAGUUGGGUGAGGACACGUUCAACCGCGCCAAGCUCCUGAACGUGGGCUACACGGAGACGCUGAAGGACGCCGAGUACGACUGCUUCAUCUUCAGCGACGUGGACCUGAUCCCCAUGGACGACCGCAACCUGUACCACUGCUACGAGCAGCCCAGGCACUUCGCCAUCGCCAUGGACAAGUUCGGCUUCAGGCUGCCGUACGCCGGCUACUUCGGAGGAGUUUCAGGCCUGAGUAAAAAACAAUUCCUAAAGAUCAAUGGCUUCCCGAACGAGUACUGGGGCUGGGGAGGCGAGGACGACGACAUCUACAACAGGAUCACGCUGAAUGGGAUGAAGGUGUCCAGGCCCGACGUCCGCAUCGGCCGCUACAGAAUGAUUAAACACGAGCGGGACAAACACAACGAGCCCAACCCACAGAGAUUUAACAAAAUCCAAAACACGAAGAACACGAUGAAGAAGGACGGCAUCAGCUCUCUGACCUACAGACUGGUUCAGGUCAAGAAGUACCCUCUGUACACGAACAUCUCUGUGGAGAUCGGCAAGCCCCCGCCGCGGCCCAUCAGAGGCUAGAGAUGACGUUUACUGGGGACGACGCUCCAGGAGGAGGAGGGAGGAUGAAACAUAUCUGGAACCUUGUGGACGUGGAGGUGGAAAUAAGUCACAAACACUGCUUGUGUCCUCCUUGUCUUCGUUCUUUGGUUUUGUGGAGGUUUGCGUCUGCAUCUGGGACUCGGGCUCUUUACACCUCCUACUUUUACUAAUCGGCGACUUCAGAAUUGAGAAGUGUGGACCAAAGCUGAACCUGGCAGAGAACUGACCUGAACGGGCCCAGUUUGGCUUUCACGGCCGGACUCCAGACUCACUUAUAUUAACCAGUGGCUGUAGCUUUGAGUAAAUGUACUGUUCACAUGGACCGGGACAAUGUGGCUGUAAAGUGUUUUGUGUUUCCAGGUGGAGCAUCUGCACAGGGGGCAGCGUAACCAUAUGCAGCGUAGCUCCGUGCUGCUGCAUCACAGGUGUCAGCUGACGCCAAAAGAACCUUCAUGUUGACAUUUCCAUCAGGGAGUCGCCCUGUGGAUCCAGUUACUCAAUCGAAUCUUCUGAUAUCACUUAAUGAAUGUGUAUUGUGCCUGCAUCUACAGUAGAAGACUCAGAACAGCGCUGGGAGACGCCGAUCAGACGGAACCCACCGGAGAACCCUCUUCACGUUCUCCUUUUUAUACAUGAACGGAAACUUUCUAAACGGAACGUGACCGUCGGAAGCUGCGCUCUCUGGGACGCAUUUUGAAAUCGCAUUGAGGAAUUAACGACUUUGGGGCAGAUUUACACUGACAGCUCAGUGGUGAUUUUUACUCCUUGCGGCUCAUGGGGAAUUUAGGUUUCACCCACUUGACGAAAUGUUUUCUUAAUUUUAAAGACGUGUCAUUUUUGAUCCUAGUUGUUGGAGGUACUAAUAUACACUAAUAUUCCAUAAAGUAGAUGUAAAAAUAUGCAUUUCUUUAUUUAGAUAAUUGGACAUUUACCAAACGUGGAGCACAUGUCACAUUUCAUGACGCUGGUGAUGACAUCCGUCUGCAUCUCUCCUUUUCUUUAACUCUCUCUGCAGUUUAAUAUCUGGGGAAGAAGAGCUGUGCUGCUGGUGGAGGUGGGAGCAGUCCUGAGACGUUAUCGUGUGUCUACUGCUGCUUCACAUUCUCUACUUUUAUCAGUUUUUUUAAUUAAAGGUGGUUCCUGAGUGACAGACGAGCAUCUCAAUGAUUCAACUACUUUCCCUUGGUUUGAUUUGUCUUCAUAUCUACUGCUGUUACUGUUGACGCCUAAACACCAAGUUGAUGCCUUCAGUUGCAGUAAAGGCAGGGUCGGUUCUGCUUGAUUUAAUAUCAUUCUUCUUAAGGUGGUAUUGUUACUGUAUGUGUGGUUUAAAUCAACGUGUCGCGGCGGUGUUGGGCAUUUGAAUCGCAGACAGAUUUCUGGUUGGGGCUCUUAUUGUGGCGGGGCGGCGCUGCUGGCCUUGGGGUGAAAACGCUCCCAUCUGUUUGCCUCUGGCCCGCUGGAUCGCGUUCCGGUUGCUCUUCGGCCCACUCUAUCAGACAAACACAUGCAUUCCCGCUGUCUUUCUUUGCAUCAUCUCCUCUGCCCGCUCCCUUUCUUCCUCUCCUGCGCUGCCAGUGCAGAGCGUUUGUCAUGGGCCCACUUCAGACACAGCUGUGUGACACAAGAGCGCUUCUUCUCUCAAUAAGCCAUUGACAGGACAUCUCCUGGUGCAUCGGAAUCAGUGCCACUUACUGUGUCUUUAUUGUCCUUGGAGCGCAGCCUGAUUUGUGAUUCACUUUUCCCGUCAUUUUCUCUUCCUCUCCUCAGUUUUCUCUCUUCCUCGGUUCCUGCUUCUGUUCCCAGUGUUUUGAUCUGUAAUUGUCAGAGUGGAGGGGCCCAGGCACUCCCCUCUCCGACUGUUUACAGCUCACCCUGUGCAAUAUCAUACAUGCAUUCAAGCUCAUUUCACACUUUGAAGCCGUUGUUUCUGAGAGGAACGCAAGGUCGUGACAUUUUGUGGCUUCGUUUCUCCCGUCCAUCUUUAUUUCCUAAUGGGUUCUUUCACACUUUGCUCCUGCUGCUAAAGUGACAGCUAUUACUUCAUUAAAGGGGCACUCCAGCAACCUAGAAUAAGACCUGUGGGACAUUCGAGAGACACUUAAAACUGAGAUUCACUUGAUUCACUGAGAUUAAAAACCUAAUACUACCAAAAUAUAUAUAUGACACAAUUAAACACAAGUAGUGGCGUUACACGGCCUUAAUUAACGAACACAUCACAACAUGUUCCUGAACACGUGAUAUCGUAGACACAGUGUUUUUUCCUUUUAUUGGCAUAUUUAGGAAUAGCUAUAGUUAUAUAAGUAAUUUGUCGUCUGUUUAAUUACUAUUGACACGAUGAACGCUAACCUGAAUGUAUAAAAUCGGUGGAGUGCCCCUUUCCUAGCCUCACUCAAGCCUCUGAUCAAUGCAGGACAUUAAUAAAGAAAGGGCGACUCGGCCCUGACGUAACGUUGGACACAGAUGGAGAGAUCAGCAGCAGAAUUUGACAGGUUUCCUACGGGAGGAGCUCGGCGUUCAGCUGAGAGUCAGGGCGAACAGGCCUGAGGGCGUUUUUAAACAUUUACUGUAUCUCUACAUACGUUUUUGUACAUUGAAUGUUGAAAAUGUUAUAUCUUAUAUAGAAUGCAUUAUGUCAUAUCAAACCUACCUUUUCUAUACAAUCAAUAAAUCUGAUGGUUAAAGACUGUA